AAAACUUUUACAAAAAAAAAUCUCGCGAUACUGCAAGCAAACACACAUUCACAAAGGGAGGAGAAAAUUUUAGUGAAAUUCACAGAUUUCAACCGGAAAUUUAGUGCCGUCACCGUGAAAACCUGCUUCCGUCAGUGCUAUUAGUUGUGAAGAUUUGCUCAGAACAAGCAACCAGAGUUGUAAAACGUAAAAACCAGCAAAACUUUCCUUCUCUAGUCAAAAUCGUCUGCGGGGGGCAACACCAGCAGCAUAAAAAUGAAUAUGAACAUAAAAAUGCCAGAUUUCGACGUGAAAAAGUUCGUCAAAGAUGCGGGCUCGACGCUUUCCCGUGUGGUUCAGCUUACCGAGGAAAAGCUGGGCACGUCGGAGAAAACCGAAAUGGAUGCACACUUUGAGCACCUGACCGAACGAUCCGAUUGCACCCGAACGUGGACGGAGAAGAUUGUCCGAGACACCGAAGCGGCCCUCAUCCCGAACCCUGCCAAUCGGGUGGAGGAUUACAUUUUCGAAAAGAUCGAAAAGCAAAAGUCGAAACGGCUCAGCAAUCUGGAAUAUCUGGGGCUGGACAUGAUCGAGGGUGGAGGUGAGUUUGGCCAGGACGGUCCCUAUGGCAGUGCACUCAUCAAGGUGGGACAGGCUGAGCAGAAGCUGGGCUCAAACGAGCGCGACUUUAUCGGAUCGGCCGGGAUGUGUUUUAUUCAGCCGCUGAAGAAGUUCCUCGAGGGUGAGAUGAAGACCAUCACGAAGGAGAAGGGCAUUUUGGAGAGCAAACGAUUGGAUCUGGAUGCAUGCAAGAAUCGGGUACGAAAGGCUAGGAGCAUGCUGGGACAGCAAACGUUAUUAGAACAGAAGGACGGAAUUUCGCCCGAGGCUGCUCUCGAACAGGCCGAACGUGACCUGCGAGUGGCCCAGUCGGAAUUUGACCGCCAAGCGGAAAUAACGAAGCUCCUACUGGAAGGAAUCAGCACAACCCAGGCCACUCAUCUGCGCCACCUGCAUGCCUUCGUCGAGUCCCAGGUUCGCUACUACGGCCAAUGCAACAAGAUCAUGAACGACCUGCAGCGCGAACUUGCCAGCCUGGGCGGCCCGCAGCCGUACGUUCCGGUGGCCGGCUACGAGGAGGACGACGAGCUGGCCGGUCGCCUCAACAGCGUGGACCUCUCGGGCAAUUCCGGCUACAAGCGGGCCCGCGUCCUCUGCUCGUACGACGCCAAGGACGGGACGGAGCUCAAUUUGACGUCGAACGAGGUUAUCUUCGUUUGCGAGUGUAAUCCACCAAACAGUGACUACAUGAACGGCAAGCAGGGUCUGCUGAAGGGGCUGGUUCCGAAGGCGUUCCUCGAGCUGUUGGAUGACUAAAUUGCGAUUAGCGUGUAAAAGAGAGUCUGGAUUUAUUUAGUGAUUAUUCAUUUAAGGAGUUUACUUAAUUUGCGAAGCGAAUCUGAAUAACAAAAACAUGAGAUAUUUAGGUAUUAUUGCGUUAUUUUAGAAAUUUUUAUUGUUUUUUUUUCAUGAGUUUUUUUACGAUGAGUGUGCAAAAGUUAUUGCCAGUUUUUAUUAGAGUUUUUAGAAGUGCUUAGAGGCGAUUCAACGCGUUGUCACGCCUGGUUGCGUGUUACAUUUAUAAUAACGAGACAAACAAGGAAAGAAUAUUGUUCUUGCAACAGCUUCUAGGCCAAGCACACACACACACACCAAAACUAUCAUACCCAAUGAUCACCGGAAACCCAGCUUUUCGGCACCGAGCAAACGGCGUUAAUUACGCGAAUGUGUUGGAAGUCGUCAGACGAGUCACUAUUUGGUCAAUUAUUUUUAAAACCGCCGUCACUAUCGAACGCUACAAAUGAACGAAAACAAAACGUAAUUGAUAACAACAAUAAGAGAACAAUAAUAUUAACAAAAAAUUGAACAAAAAUGGUAAAGACAAACAUUCCUCCUCGUGAAAUUGUAACCCGAAACACGAAAUCCAUCCCCCUUUUACCCUCACAGCUGAAUAGCAAAAACGCGUGUGAAGUGAGUGUUUCCCCUUCGUCGUGAUAAAAUCGAUAGCUCUAAAUCGAAAACUGUUAAGAAAAAUACUGCUUUUUAAACUGAACAGAUACUCAAAUUGCAAAAUAAACUCUCUCUCUCUCUGGACAAGAAACAAAAAAAAAUCUAACCUAAAACAAAUCUAAUAAACAAGCACACAACGCGAACAUACAUAUUUGUAUAUUGGAGACGCGGCGGGAAACCAACACUCAAAUCGAACAUGUUAUUUAUUAAAACUUAUUACUAAGCUAACACAAAUACUAAAUAUACUUAUCAAAGGUGAGAUUGGGGUGAACUAUGGAAAAAAACCAGUGCAUUAUUUCCAUAAACCAUUGAAUUACUCGGUACACUUGCAAAAGAGAAAAUUAAAAAAAAUAUUCAUAUUAUUUGAAAUCUCUUCCACUACACACGUUACUGUUUAUCGAGAUCAAAUCUAAUAAUAACGAAAGCAGAAAAAAAUGAAAUCUUUAUCGCUCGUUAGUCUGUAUUUUUCCAAAAUUGUGAAUAUUUAAUCGCUAUGAAGUGAAAUAAAAAGGAUAAAAGUCA